UAUAAAGAAUAUGCUAGAAUAUCGGAAGUGACAUAAAAUGACAGGGGAAAAACUCACUGGCGGAAGCAACCACAACAAUGCAUAGCGCUCUGAGGUUUAAUGUUUAAUCUAUAAAUGAAUGAACCAGCCAGUAUUCAGUUCUAUGUGUGGAUGCAGAUCGAUUGGAACCAUGUAUUGUACUUUCAGUGAGGUUUUAAUUUGGAAUGUUGAGAUUCUUGAACUUCGGUUGAUCGCCUAAUCUGGAUUGGAAACUAUCCUACAAAAAGGGUUCUGACAAGUCUCUUUGAAAUUCCGACCUUGUUGCCAAUAGGCCUACCAAUCAAACGUUACAUGAUUUCAAGUUCAUUUCCCACCUUCAAAAUAACUUACAAAACGGGGAAUUAAACAGUGAACCUUUUCCACCGGACUAGUAUUACGAACCCUCCUCUCCCGCCUCCUCUAUACCUCUCCCCUCCUUCCGCAAAAAAAAAACAAACUAACUUUUUUCCAAACGUUUCUGCAACCGUGAACAAAAUCUGAAUUUUCAUUCCACGAAAUAUCCAAGAAGUAACAAUAAAUGGCUUCAGGACAAGGACCAGUUAUUGGGAUCCAUUUUGGAACUUCAUGCUCUUGUGUUGGAGUCUUUCAGAGUGGGAUGGUGGAGAUCAUUCCCAGUAACCAUGGAAACAGGACCACGCCCAAUUACGUUGCUUUCACGGAUACAGAGAUACUGAUCGGAGAAACAGCCAAGAAUCAGAUGCCUUGGAAUCCAAAGAAUACAAUAUUCGAUAUCAAGCGUCUGAUUGGUCGGCAGGUUGACGACAAGGAUUUGCAGUCUGAUGUGAAACACUGGCCCUUCAAGUUCAAAGAAAAGGCUGGCAAACCUAUGCUGGAAGUGGAAUAUCUAGGACAAACCAAGACACUUUCACCUGAAGAAGUUUCUUCCGUUUUGCUUGCAAAUCUGAAGGAGACAGUAGAAGCCUUCCUUCACCAGAACGUUAGUGAUGCCGUCAUCACUGUUCCUACUUAUUUCAGCGAUUCUCAGCGAAUUGCUACCAAGAAUGCAUGCACAAUGGCUGGCUUGAACGUUCGCAGGCUCCUCAACGAGCCAACGGCUGCCGCCCUGGCCUACGGACUCGAGGAGGUCUCUGAUGGUCAAGAGAUGCGCGUUCUUGUUUUCCAUCUAGAUCAAAGUGAAGUUGGUGCCUCACUCCUUCUUAUUGAAGAUGGGAUAUUCGAGGUCGUGACGUCAGAAAGAGACGCGCAUUUCGGCGGAGAGGACUUCAAUAGAAGAAUAAUCGACCAUCUUGUCAAUGUAUUUCAGAAGACGAAUGAACAAGACUUGAGUACGAACCACAGGGCAUAUCGACGCCUUCGUAACGCAGCGGAAAAAGCAGUAGACCGAUUGUCAAGAACCACGCACGCUAGCAUAGAAAUUGACUCACUUCAUGGAGGCAUCGACUUCUGCACUAGCUUAAGCAGAGUAAUGGUCAAGGAAUUGUGCUCAGAUCUCUUUAAAAUGUGUCUGCAAGUUGUCGAAAGUAUCCUGAUGAAGGCGAAGAUUGAUAAGAAGGACAUUGAUAGAAUAAUCCUAGUUGGUAGAUCAAUUCCAAAUAUCCUUCGGACACUUCAAGAUUUCUUUGGAGGUAAGAAAAUCGAUUCAUCUAUCAACCCAGAGGAAGUUGUGGCCUAUGGAGCCGCGUUGCACGCAGUCAAUGUGUCUAUGAUCAAAGACAUUGUAUGUUUCCACGGGGUCCCUCUUUCCCUCGGUAUCAAGACAGCAGAUGGGGUAAUGAAAACAAUCAUUGCUAGAAAUACAUGGGUACCAACAAGAGCCUCGAAGAGAUUCAGCACCUACUCAGACAACCAGUCAGAAGUGUCCAUACAGGUGUUUGAAGGGCAGAGAGCAUUGGCCAAAGACAACAAUCGCCUCGGCCAAUUUGUGUUGUCUGGAAUUCCCCCAGCUCCUCGUGGUGUCCCAACCAUAGAAGUUACUUUCGACAUUGAUGCUAAUGGCAUAUUGUCGACUACUGCCAAAGAUGUCCUGACGGGACAGAGCAAUGGAACAACCAUUUCUAAUGAGAGGAGGUUGUCCAAAGAGGACAUUGAACGCGUACUGAAGGAUGAUAGAGAGCCCAAAGAUGAAGACGUUGUCCUGCAGAGAGACGUGUCCUCUCAGAACCUCCUUAAGGAUGACGCCCUCAACGACAGAAUUAUCUUUGAAACCGUUGCUAAACUCUAAUGAAUGAAAGGUCCUUGGCAAACAGGCGGAAGGCAAUGUCGUACUCCAAAUGUGUUUAAUAUUGCAUUUCAGUUGUUGUUACAUACUUUGAGUCGUAGUAAAGCACUUCUUCUUCUGCUGAAAGGAAUGUAAUUAGCAAAUUGCAAAUUGAAAGUAUCUUAGACGAAUUUGGCUUUAACCCUAAAAUUACAUAGGGGAAAUACUGACAUCCCAUUUGACCAUUCGUUAAGAAACCUAGCAAAGUAUAAGAGGCCUGUCUCAAUACGCAAUGGACAGCAUGCACCAGUGCAUUUGAAUAGGGGGCGGGGCAACAUCACCUUAUAAUAUUGUAGGACCUGUAUCAAGUGUGACUUUUUUUUAAAAUAAAAAAGUGGGUACAGCGUACUUCAUGAUCAAGCCAUCUAUAUAUAGAGCAGCCUCCCUGUUCACCAAUUUACCCUUUUUUUUUUUUUAUCAAGCUCUGAAAAAAAACCCAUACAAGAUAAUGGCCCUCUCUCCCUAUGUAGUCUGCAGGCACAGACCCUGAUUGAAACUUUGAUCAACAAGUGGGUCUCCACGCAAAGACUAGCAAAUACAGAACUUGCUGUUUCAAUUCGGGCCUUCAGUACACAAGGCAUGAGUAGGCUGAAAUUCGGACCCUUUACUCCAGUGAAAUGUUUGGUUUGCCCAGCAGACUAACUCUGUCCCCUAUAGCCCAAUUAUCAAUGAAAUAUGUUGAAUUAUAUCGUGUAUGUAUAAUAGUCGUCAAAAUUGUGGAUUUGCUUGAUUUCUAGUUUGAUCCUGGAUGUCAUAUUAAUACGAGCAAGUGAGGAAGUUCAGUUUUUCGGACAACUAUAUUCAUUUCAUUAAAAAAACGAAUGUUCGAAA